AUGGCUCCGGUUAUCACAUCUAGCAUUAUCGACCUAGUAUCCGCAGAGCUGCGUGGUCUUGACAGUCUUCCGGUUGUACAAGUUGCCAUCCGCUACCCUGGGCUGUCAAUCAUUCUGUUUUCGCUAUUUGCCUUGAAGUUUUCAAGCAUUCUCUUCUCGAGAUCUACCUCCGAAAGCCCUGAGAUGGCCAAUCAAGGCCGACCAGCAGCCGCCUUUCCUCGACAUGCACCGACGCCGCUAAAUGGAAUCCAGCGUAGAAGCUCCUGGUUCGCCUGGGGCCAAAGCGAGAGAUAUGGAACCGGGCGGCGAGGACGACAGUCGCAGCUCCUACGAUCAGCUAGGGUGCUAUGGCACCUGGUAUUCAAGGCCCAGAAUGCCGCCAUGGCCUGGCGAGCUAUCGAAAAAGUCCGAAGAGUUGUUCUCGAGGUGCGCGCGAAGCUCCUUGGGCUGGGAGGAUUGGUCUUCAUUCCCCUGUUCGCUCGAAUAGCGCGGUUUGUCGAGGCUAUCUAUAACGCGCAACUUGGUCCGUUCCAAGUCUCGUCGGUGCUUGGCUUCUUGGGGUUUAUUCUGGUCAUUCUCAUAUCAAUUGAUGUGGUUGACAUGGCGAUGGGGACAACUGAUUUCUCCGAUUUCAUCCUGGACGGGGUCGACCGUGGCGUUGAGUUGGUCUUUGGAGUGAUAUUCGGUUCCGCCGAGUGGAUCAUCCUGUUUCUUGCUGAUCGGUGGGCAUUCGUGAAGCGCCGUUUCGGGAGGUAUUUUGGUUUCCUGGGAUCGCCUCGGUUCACACGGUAUGGCCUUCUUGUCAUUCUUGGUACAUAUUUUUUCUCAUGGGUCAUGGAGUCGUCUGAGCGGGUGAGAACUACGGACGGUCCAACGGUCAAUAAGGCCUAUGCUGAGAAAUUUAAAUAG